UGAGUUUAAGGGAAUUUUCAAGUUGGGACACUUAUUUAAUGGACAUUGCUAGGGCAGUGAGACCAGAAAUCGGAGAAGAGAUUCAGCAAGAGUUGAGAACUGAACAUACAGAAGAAGCCAAUAUUCAAAACGGAGCUAGCAUAAAUCAAAAAAUGGAGUUAGAAAGUUUUGUGGAGAAACAUGGUCUGGGGCCAGAGACAAAGGAAAAAUUGUUGACAAAUGGUUUCUCAUCCCAGAGAGCGCUGGACCUCCUGAGAGUAGAAGACAUAAGGGAAAUAGGGAUUCAAACAUUAGGCGAGAGGAGGCUGUUGGAAGCUGCUAUAAUAAGUAGAAACAAUCCUGGAAAUGCAGAGGCACAACCCCAUCCUGCAGUCACCAACAUCAUGCCACAAUCCACAGAUGAGCUGAACACCAGGUUGGGAAGGCUGUUAGAGGAUCCAGUGGGUGCUGUAGACCGGGGGGAUAGACGGGAGACUUACCAAGGUACCAGCGCCAGAGAGGAACACUUAGACAAAAAGAUUCAACAUUAUAGAUCCCUGUGUUAUGCAGACAGCACAAAAAGGACCUAUUCUUCCUUUUUGCGUUCUUAUUUUCACUUCUGUGCCUCCAUGUCAUAUGUGGCUUUCCCAGCAGAUAAU